AUGUGGUUCCGGACGCUGCUGCUGUCCUGGCUCGUGCGAGCGAGGGCAGCCGGAUGGGACGAUGGCUGGCAAUCCAUGGAGCCCUCGGUGGGCACGGACGACACGGCGGCGCUGCGGCGGAAGCUCGACCAGGCGCGCCGGGAGCUGGCCGCUUGCCGCGGUGAGACAUACGUGCCGAAAGCAACUUCAGGAGCGAAGGAAGAUGUCAAGCUCAGGCCUUGGACCUGGCCCAGCCUCCACUUGAAUGCCUCGACCUGGUCACUUCUAGUCGAUGCAGCACUGGUGGCCGCGCUCGCCGCAGGUCUGGCCGGGCUUUUCUUCUAUCUCCCCAGCCCGGCAGGCCUCUCUCCUCGAGGACGCCUGCGUGACUUGCGGCUGCCCCUCACGGAGGCCGCGCGACCGCGGUGGCCGCGCUGUUUCGCCCGCUGGCCGCUGGGCUGGCCCUCCUGGUCCUGUAGCCGCCUGAGCUGGCCAAGCUGGUGUAGGCUUCCGCAGACUCUCUCCUGCAAGUCGCCCUUGUUCGCCUGCAUGGUGCCCUCCUGCGGCCUUGGGGCAAAGCUGUCCUGCUGGAGGCCCAAAUGUCUGUGUGCUUGGCCGUCCUUUCUUCGGCAAGAGACGGAGAACUGGCGCACUCCGUGGCGCCAGACAGCUCAGAAGGCCAGGCAGUCCUUGCUCCAGGCGCAGGAGCAGGUCGACGUGGCGCUGGGCGAAGCACAGCUCCGACUGCAGGACGCGGUGACCCGUGCAGAGCGCGCGGAGGCAGAAGCCAAACAGCUGAGAGGCUUCUUGCAGGAGAGCAACGCGCGUGCCGAGGCGGCCGAGUCGCGGGCGAAGAAGUGCCGCAACGAGACCGAGGAGUUGAAGGUCUCAUUCCGAAAAGCCGAAGAGACUGCGGCCAAAGCUAGGCAGGACUUGCAGCACGCGCGGAAGCGCGCCGAGGUGGCCGAGACCAGCGCCGCCGCGGCCGCGCCGACGGCGGCGCCGAAGCCGAUGGGCUCGGGCAAGGCAUCGGAGGACACGCCGAAGGUGAAGGCCCCGAGACGCCCCGCCUCUGAGCGCUCGGUCUCCCGCUCGGCCGAGCGGACGAAUGCCACGGCGCUGCUGGAGACGCCCCGGCUGAAGGUGCGGCCACUGCCUGACAGCGGCCCGGCCGGCCCGGCGGGCCCGGCGGGCCCGGGCGCGGUGCCCACUCCGGUGGAGACCCCGAGGCUGAAGGCACGGCCGGACAGCUCGCCGGUGGGAGCCUUGAUGGAGACGCCGCGGCUCAAGGCGCGGGAGGCACGUCCCAGUACCUCCACGAGCGCCACUCAGGAAGCCUUGCGGGAGGCACUGAGAACCUCUCGCGGGCGCUUGGAAGGUGCGCGUGGCAUCUCGACGGAGAAGCUUCCGGAGAGAAGAGACAGCCGCGAAGAGAAGUUUAGCUACAACCGGAGCUUGGCCAUGUUGAAGUUCACGGAGGCGCAUGCAGGCCCGCGUCAGUCUCCGAGCAGUGCCAUCACCAGCGCCACGAGCAGCAUGGUGAGCUUGCCCCGUGAGUGGACCGACACCGCCUGGGCUCCCCAGCUGCUUGACUCGCCCAUCUCCGAUGCAUUGGCGCGCGAGGGGCCCAUGGCGAGUCCGGCGCCAAGUCCCGAUUCCUCCUGGCCUAGCUGCGAUGCCACGUCCGGCACGCCCACCGCCACGGUGCGAGCGACCGAGUGGACCUCCGUGGACCCCAGCCAUCAUUCAACGGUGGAGCGAGCUGCGCCAACGGCCCUCCGAGGUCUAUUUCAGGUGGACUUAGUGGUCUUCGGAUUGCUCUCUGCCUUGGGCCACUGGGACGGGGGUUUGGAGGUGGCGGGCAGAUGCGGAAUAUUUUGCGUGCGGGUCGGGCGCGAGCGGCGCAGCUGGCGCAUCUCCUCUGGGCCUGGCGCGACCUGUUUGGGGGAGUUGGGCGCUGGGGUGAGUGGACAGAGACCAGUGUUGGCGGUGGCCAUGAGCUACCAGCAGAUGAGCCCGAUUCCCGAGGCCUCCUUCAAUGACACCUGCCACACCUUCGCAUCCUUGUUGCCCUCCGCCAUGGCAACCUUGGCCAUCUCGUGGUGGCUGCCCAAGCCCGAGCUGCCGCAUGCGCCGCGCCGCGGGCGGAUGCGCUGCCUCGCGACCUUGGCCAUCGCAGGCUUUGAUCGCCUCAAAGCUUCCGCGCCCUUCCCGUCCGAUGACCCUGGCAUCGUCCCCCUGGGACGCCAGGGCCUCGGCCCGCCAGGAAUCCUGGCGUCCGGUCUACAGGAUGGCAUGCUCCACAGCGACUUCCAGUGGCCAGCGGCGCUCCAACCCUUGGCCGACUGGGUGAAGUUGAUGCACAUGCCGAAUCGAUCCUAUGUGCUUCCCUGCCAUUGCUACGAGCUGCUGCUGGUGUUUGGUCUGCUGGUGCACUUGAAGCAAGGCUGGCUUGGUGUGCACCGACAGGAGUCUUGGUCCGGACUGAGGGCCUUGGCGCGGAUGUCGGCCGGCGUGUGUGCCUCGAACCUCUUCAUGCUCCACCUCGCAGGGGCCUUCAUCUACGAGGAGCCGGUGGACUUGAACGUCUUCUCCUUCUGGGCGCAUUUGCUCAUGGUCUUCGCCUCCUCCUUGCUGGCCUCCAUCAUGGUGCAUGGCUUGAUCGAAGGCCCGUUCGCGUGCAUGCUCACGGAUGGCCUUCCACAGGACGUGGUGGCCUUCCCGGCCGCCGCGGCGGCGGCGUAG